CGCGCACCUCAGAGCUCGGGUCUGCAGCACCUGUUCCUUCUCGAAUUUCUCACUUCUCCUGGACUUGGGCUCCCAGCAGCUCCACACGACUACACCCGGAAUGGAAGACAGAGUGAUUUUCACCAUUGCCAUUGCGAUGGGUUGCUUGAUGUUUGGGGUCUGGGGACAAGCUCCCUCCAAUUCAUCCACCACGAUGACCCCCUCAAGCGGCAACAGUUCAGUGAGCUCCUCCGGUAACACUACGAUGACCCCCUCGAGCGGCAACAGUUCACUGAGCUCCUCCGGUAACACUACGAUGACCCCCUCAAGUGGCAACAGUUCAGCGUCCAACACGACUGCAAGCGGUUCAUCUGGCAACAGUACAGUGACCGUCCCACCCGCGACCAACUCAACUACCAAUGGAACAACCACGGGAAACGGCACGACUGUCACGUUCAGCGCUACAACAGUUUACAGCUCAGCCCCCGGCAUCAAUGCUGGGGGCUCUUUCAGUUUGUUGACGACACUCCCGGGCAUGAGGACACUUAACAGUGGUCUGUUGGUCACACUUGUUGCCGUGAUGCUCAGCUGGCUGUGAGUGGGAUGCUGAGAGCCAGAUGUCUAUUAAUCAUAACCACAAUAACUUUCCCCUUCAUCAUCCUCAUCAUCGUCAUCAUCAUCAUAUUUCCCAUCAUGGGUCACAAGGACAUGAGGAAGCCAUGUUUCUGCACCCCUGAUCUCUUCCAGUCCGGGUUUUUUUUUUUUUCCAUUUGGCUGAAUGUCGCCUUUAUAGAUUUGGGAAAUGAUUCACACGCUGCAUGCUGGUUCUUUAUUCAUGCAGAUAAGCGUAUUACAUGCUUGUGCGUAUUUUUUUCCCUUUACCUAUACAUGUUCUCAUUACACUCAAGUCACUUAAUGACUGACACUCUGACAAUGCUGUAAAAAGAUACAUUCCUUAUAUUGUCUUAAUUAAAAGGUGCAGGGUGCCAUAUUAUAUGUUGUCUACAUUACAUUUUACUAAAGAUACAGUAGAGUGCAGUUAAGCUUUUCAUUUAAUGUUAUAUAUAAUUAAAUAUAUUAAUAUUUAAUACAUAUAUUAACAUAUGCAAUAUACUGGACCAGUACAAAAAGGACAAAUAUGCACAACAUAUAACUGUGAUAAUUAUACUUUGUUAGCUUUUAACUAGCAAGGUGUAUGUGUUAUUUUUUUGUACAGUCUCAAAAUAUGCAGAAUUAUAAAUUGGGAUAGGCAUUGUAUUAAACAUGGUAAAGUUACUUUUUUCACGUGUGGAAUUGACACAGAUAAGUUAGACUUGGGUCCCAUGAAGCUUCAGGUUCUUCAGGAACUGUAACGUGCCUUGGGAUUGUCUGUUCGAUUUCAUGGUGAGAAAAUUUACCGCUGUACUUACAGUGCGAUCCUAGUAAAUUGAAGUUAUGCGGAUGGCAAACUUUUAUUUAUUUAUUAUUUUUACAUUGAAGGGUAACAAUGAAAAUAAAAAAUUUCCUGAUAUGUUGUGU